AUGUGCCCUAAGUCCUCUAAACCAACAGGUGACCCUGUUGAUCCUGACAAGAAAGUUACUGAUGAAUCUUCUAAGCUUGGUUCCGCCACUAAAGCAACUCUUAACGUCAUUUCAGCUGAUCAAGAACUACCCGUUACUUCUGAUGUCUCUGUCAAAGCCAUCACCAUUCCUAGUGUUGGUAAGCACUACUACACUGAUUUUAUACUUGGUAACCACAACUGGAAGCAAAAAUGCACGAUUGAUCCUGGCUCCAACAUUAACUGUGUCGGUUAUGAUUGGAUUACCCGUUUUGACACCCCUGAGUGGUCAUACAAUCUUGAAUGUGGUUCCAUCAAGACCGCUGGAGGUCAUAACCUGGAUGUCGAAGCUCGAGUUCUCCUAAAGAUUUCGUGGCCUCCAGAAAAUCCCACCAUUUCUGUUGAUCAGUGGUUCUACAUUGUUCAUGGUGAAGAUAGUAUUAUCCUUGGUACUCCUGCAUGUCAUGCACUUGGUGUGAUUGAUGAUGACUGGCCUAUUUCUACACUACUUCAGAACCUUAACCAUCCCUCAUCAGUGAAUACCCUCGACGCAUCAGAAAAAAACCCUCAGAUAUGUGACAACAAACCGACCGAAGUCGACCAUCUGGUUCCAAACCCUCGAACGUCUGACGAUGAACUUUUGUCUGAUUUGAGUUGGCAACCUACCUCCUGUCCUUCUGAAUCAUCAGUCAAAGUCACUUCUGUUAUUGCAAAUGGACAGAACAUUAAAUAUUCUGACGACACAAAUUUCACUACUCUUCUGCAAUCUUAUAAUGAUAUUUUUGAUGACACAAUUCUCCCGGAGAUGAAAGGUGAUGCUUUCAAGAUUAAUCUCAAACCUGAUGUUCAACCCUACGCCCAAGCGAAAGCAAGGAAAAUCCCGAUUCCCUACAUGGAUCAACUUAAGAAGCAACUUGAUGAAAUGGAACGUCUUGGUGUUAUCUCAGUCUAUGAAGAACCAAGCACUUGGUGUCAUCCAAUCGUUAUUCCACCUAAGAAAGAUAAUGACGAACUGAGAAUCUGCAUUGACUUCACCCACCUCAAUAAGUUUAUCCAGCGUGAAUUCCACCCUACUAAUUCACCCUUCGUAGCUGUAACAAGCAUUCCUGCUGAAGAGCACAAAUAUUUCUGCAAAUUCGAUGCUCGUCAUGGCUACUGGCAAAUUCCACUGCACCCUGAGUCUCGUCCCUUAACCUGUUUCAUCACACCCUUUGGUAGAUAUGUGUGUAAUCGGGCCGCAUUCGGAAUCAGCAGUAUCAGUGAGUGGUACAACCGUCGCAUGGACAAAGUUGUCAAUGGCUUACAAUGUAUCCGUAAGAUCGUAGAUGAUGUUCUUGUCAAUGCACCAACCCUCUCUGCUUUGAAGAAAAGCGUUCACGCCUUCCUAGACCGAUGCUCCACGCAUGGGGUCACACUGAAGCGUUCAAAGUCCCAGAUAGCUGUCACUGAAGCUGAUUUUGGCGGAUUCCACCUAUCGGAAAUGGGCAUCCAAUGCAGUCAGAUCUCCUCAGGUCCAUCCGCGAUUUUCCACGACCGAAGAAUCUUACUGAUCUACGCUCCUGGUUUGCUCUGGUGA